AAAUCCUCGGAGAGCAAUAUGAACGAAUAUGGCAAUGUACUCGCUUUUGCAAAUUAUAUGGGAGCGCCGAACCGCUCGCUUCCUGAGCUCCAAGAAGUCGAAUCAUUGAGUCCUCGGGUUCUACGGGUUUUGGGCGGAAAUCCGGGGGUUAUGCAUCUGCAAGGGACUAAUACGUAUAUCCUCGGGGACGGUCCGCAACGUCUGUUAAUUGACAGCGGACAGGGCUGCAUAUCCUGGUCCAAAUUGAUAGCGUCUCUAACGCGACAGCAUAGCUUCAAUAUCUGCAAAGUCCUGUUAACCCAUUGGCACUUGGAUCACACCGGUGGCGUUCCAGACAUCCUUCGAAUGAACCCACAAUUAAAGGACUCCAUUUACAAGAACAAUCCGGACAGCAACCAACAGCCAAUUCACGAUGGACAAGUCUUUAAAGUUGAGGGAGCCACGGUUCGUGCCGUGUUUACGCCUGGUCAUUCAAACGACCACAUGUGUUUUUUUCUGGAAGAAGAGAAUGCCCUGUUCACGGGUGACACGAUACUAGGACACGGCACGACCGUCGUGGAGGAUUUAUGGGAAUAUAUGCACAGCCUGCUAAAAAUGGAGAAGAUAAUGUCUCGUGUUGGAUAUCCAGGCCAUGGGGCCUCUAUACCCAAUCUGCAGCUGAAGCUUCAGCAAGAGAUCCAGCAACGAAAACGCCGCGAACGAAAAGUCCUCGGUUUGCUGGAAACCGUUGGAUCAAGAAAAGGGGAGAAAGGUUCGGCGACCGAGACAGAGAUCGUUGCAGCUAUUUUUGGCGCUAAAUUGCCCACAACGGUCUUGGACCACCUGAGGCCACAAAUGAGGGAGAUUCUUAUGAAGAUGGCACGGGAGAAGCGAAUGGGAUUUCGAUUGAGAGGUGGAGAGAAGCAUUGGUUUGCCUAUUCAACCCCUUCUACUUCUACUUUACCUUCUGUAUCUACCGAGUCGUUCAAUUCUGCACAAAUUUAG